AUGGCUUGUCUCUUGACAGAGCGCCGCUUCUGGCUCCAGGUGCUAGCCUCUCUUGCCUUCUACGCUGGGAUUCACACCAGGAGCGGGAGUGCGGGGGGUGAUGCUAGGGGCUCCCCGCACUCGGUCCGCCCCAGCCACAUCUCGGCGCUGGGGCGGGCAGCUCAGGACAUGGUGGUCGUGCAUAUGCUGAAGCUAUACGACAAAUACAACCGAGAGGGGAACCGGCCGAGGGACGGUAACACGGUCCGCAGCUUCAAGGCGAGAGAGGAGAUUAUCGAUCAUAAGAUUUUGUAUCAUUUCAACUUGACGUCCAUCCCAGAGUCCGAACUGAUUUUGACCGCCACUUUCCACUUCCUCACACAGAAACGAUGGAGAAGCAGGCACGUGUUUUGCAAACGCUCCAAAGAUGCCCCGUGUCCCCUUCCAACACACAAGACCCACCCGGUCCAUCUGACCUUCAGGAGCGCCUCCCCCACUUCACCUUCCGGGAGGUUGCUGGGGAACGUGACAGUGACCCCCCACCGGAGGGGGACUUGGUGCCUGAAUGACAUUUCCCACGUUAUAAAAGAUGCCAGGAGGUGGGAGCAUCUACUGGUCACCGCCCAGCUCGAUUUUGGGGAGAAGGUGCAGAACCCUACCCAGUCCGGCAACCUGCCCUAUAUCUUGGUCUAUGCCAACGACCUGGCCAUAUCUGAGCCCAACAGUGUCGGGGUCAGUCUGCAGCGUUACGGGCCAUUCCCUUCCAACGAGGACGAGUCCACCCCGUCUCCUAACGCCUCCCGGGAAUCCCGGGUCAGGAGGGAAACCUACUACUCGUCCCCUUCCCUCCAGAACAACGAGCUGCCCGAGGUGGAGUACAGCCACUACAGCAAGCACGACCUGUGGGGGAAUGCCUACCGCUCGCUCAAACCCAAAGUGGCCCGCAAGGAAAGGAGGCGGAAGGAGCAGGGGCACAGCCAGCAGCAGCUCCUCAGGUCGCAAGUCCUGAGCUUUGACGAGAGGACCAUGCGGAACGCCAGGAGGCGGCAGUGGAACCAGCCCAGAACCUGCUCCAGGAGGUACCUGAAAGUGGACUUCGCCGACAUUGGCUGGAGCGAGUGGAUUAUAUCCCCCAAGUCUUUCGAUGCCUAUUACUGCGCGGGCGCUUGUGAAUUCCCAAUGUCCAAGGUGGUUCGUCCCUCUAAUCAUGCAACAAUCCAGAGCAUUGUCAAGGCAGUUGGGAUUAUCCCGGGAAUUCCAGAACCCUGUUGCGUACCCGACAAAAUGAAUGCCUUGAGCGUUCUCUUCUUUGACGAGAGCAAAAACGUGGUGUUAAAGGUGUAUCCCAACAUGUCAGUGGAGACCUGUGCCUGUAGAUAGAAUUACUUAUCUCAGCCAGGAAGCAAAGAAAAAAAACAGAAACUAUUUAAUACAGUACACUGUAUUGCUGCAUAACAAGUAAAAGCUGCAUUGUGUCCUUUUCCGAUUAGGAACUUGAUACCAGUUCUGUCCCCUUCCCUCUGCAAACAUCAACAUGCUAAAUUAUGGCGUUGAGUAGCAAAGUGUAGAUGGGGUAAACACCAGGCAUCAAUAUGUGGAGAACUAUUAGCCACACAGAAAACCCCAAUGCUCUGUUUACAGCACACAAAUGCACCGUCAUCAGAUGAAGCAGUAUUUGGUCUUCCACAAUAUUCCCUUAUUCUAAAGAAGGCAGGACAGUUUGGUGCAGAUUGUGGUACUUAAGCUUUCGUGUGCUCUUAUAUGUAAAUUAAUAAUAAUACCAGCAAUGGCAGUCUAUUUAAGUGUAGAUUAUACUCUAUUCCUGAUCUUGGUGUAUUGUGUAUUGUGAGUUCAAAUCUUUAUUCGUCAUUUCACUUAUUUAAUACAUGUUUGCAUUCCUGGUAGCAAAGAUGGGCUUGUCUUUUUUUAAAGAAAAAAGACAGUUAAACAAUGGUAGGCCAGUUGCUAGAAGCACUUGUUGCUUUUAAACCUAAAACCCAAUCACUAAAACAUUGAAGUAAUUCUCUCAGAACAGAAAAGUUAUUGAUUUUAUGAUAAUCAGAGGGAAAUUGUGAUUAGCUGCCAACUCCUUGUAAAUUGUAAAAAGAACAUUAAUUUCAAGAUAGAUCAUUUUAAAUUAACAUAUAUCUGAUAUAUAACAGGCAAUGUAAAAUUUACUAAGCCCUGAGUUAUGGUACUAAUUUUAAUGUCCGCAAAGCUAAUGAAGCACCUGAAAAUAAAUACUGAAGAAAUAUUCAGACAAUCUUCAAUGAAGGUGUUAAAGUUUAUGAAUCAUGACAGGAUUUGAUAACAUUAUAAUUAUGACUAAAGCCACAAAACAAAAAAGAACACAAUUCUUUCCAUCCAAAUGUGAUGUUGAAGGGUAGAAUGCCCAAGAAUGGGAUUUUAGUAAUGCAUCUAUUCCUGAAAAUAUGUUGUAAAACGUGUUCGGUGUCCAGAGGUUGCAUUUCGUAAUCCACAGUGUAACUUUGAUAGUACUUCAGAAAUUAAAGAUUGAAUUGUAAUGAAA